CCCCCGUGGGUAGCAAUGGGCACUGGGGGCCUCACUGCCUUUCCUGCAGGUCUGGACGAGCGGCUGCAGCGGUAUCCCUGGGAGGCAUGGACCCUGACCGGGCAGGACUUGCUGUGCCUGUCCCACCGCAACCUGGAGCACCUGGGCGUGCGGUGCAUGGGUCACCAGGAGCUGCUGCUGGAGGCUGUGGAGCAGCUCUGUGCGCUGUACUACGAGCUGGAGACCACCAACCUGCGAACACUGACCAUGAAGCUGCGGCGGGUGGCUCGGACCAUCCAGGCUCUCGUCCUGAGCAGCCAGAGGGUGACCGCCUGUGCCGGGGACGGGGCCGAGCCCCCCCCUCUGGACCUCCUGGCCAGCGUGGUGGAGCUGGUCGGUGCAGCUAAAGGGCUCUUCUCGUGGCUCAACAGGUACCUCUUCACCCACCUGCACGACUAUUCCUCCAGCCGGGACAUCAUCCCGCUGUGCGCGGAGCUGGCCGAGGCCGUGCGGAAGGACUGCAGAGUGUCCGAGAGAGAGAACCAGGUCCUGUUGAUCUGCAGGCAUGUCGUGGGCAUCUGCGAGAGCAUCCUGAGCUGCAGCCCCACGUCUCUCCUGGACCGGACGGCCGUGCUGGAGAGCGUGGUGCUGGACCUGGCGCUGCCCGACGACAGCCUGGGCAUCGAGAUCGAGUCCACCAGCUCUGGCCUUCACUUCAUCUCAGGGACCGCCAGCGAGUCUCUGGCCGAGCACUGCAGCCAGAUCCUGCCGGGGGAUGAGCUAGUGCAAGUCGGCGACCAGGUGGUGGUGGGCUGGACCCGGAUGAAUCUGGCUAAGAAACUCCUCGAAAAGCCGAGCCAGGUGACUUUGGUGCUGAAGAGGAUUCCCCUAAGCUUCCUGGGGUCUCCUCCAUACCAGGCCCUGGAAAGCUCCGAUGCGGCAGACUCUUCGGGCUCCAAAGGCAAUGACUCCCCCAGCACUUCAGUCUGCCUGCCCUGCAGCGUGACGGCCAGCCAGGAGCCGGGGCCAGACUCUGCGCCGGGAACCGCUGCUGACGGCGAGGAGGGGCUGGCCCUGCACCACCCGGAAGAGGACGCAGGGGACCUUGUCGGGCGCCCCGGUGAGGAAGGAGCAUCUGUGGGAGAGAGCACAGCUGUGGGGACGGACCUGGAGGGUCCCCUCUCCCCAGCCAGACCCAGCACUUUGGCCCUGGAUCUGGGGCCACCGGGAUCCCCAGGGAACAGGAGCGGAGGCAGGAGUCCGGGCCUCGACCCCUCCGACCAGCCAAGCCAGGGCAGCCCGGAGGGUCGCUGCAAGCAGAAAGGAGUGGCGACCAGGCUGAGCCGCCGGCGGGUCUCAUGCCGGGACCUGGGCCGGGUGGACUGUGACGGCUGGCUCCUGAAGAAGAAGGACCACGCGGGCUUCAUGGCCCAGAAGUGGAAGCGGUGCUGGUUCGUGCUCAAGGGCCAUGCACUCUACUGGUACAACCACCCCCAGGAUGAGAAAGCUGCAGGCCUGAUCAAUGUGGCCACUUACAACUUGGAAAGCACGAGGGAGCUGAAAAAAAAAUAUGUCUUCCAGCUGUCCCACGAGAAGUACAAGCCCUUCGUGUUUGCGGCCGAGACCCUGUCAGACCUGAGCAUGUGGGUGAGUCGUCUGAUAGCUGCCAAGACCAAAUACAACCUGGCUCACCAGUCGCUACCGCACAGAGAGGAAGACUGCUACAGCGAGACAGAGGCUGAGGACCCCGACGAUGACGCCCCCAGACCCAGCUCUGAGCCACCAAAGCGCCGGGAGCUGCAGCGCACCCUGGAGAGACCCCAGCCCCUCCCCGCAGUGCGGAGCAGCAGCAGCUCCCCCAGGCCAGCAGGGAGCCCUCUGGGCAGCCCCAGCAGCACCGCACCCCGCUCCCCCCUGGGGGCUUCCCCCCCUGCACCCAGUGCAGAUGCUGCUAAUGAAGACCUGGAGUCCCUGAUCGAGUGUCUGAAGCAAGGCGGCGUGUCGCUGAUCGGCCGGCAGCAGUUCCUCACCCGCGAGCAGUACCGCCGGUCCUUCAUCAAGCGCAACGCCAACCCCCACAUCAACGAGAAGGUGCACCUGGUCCGGGCUCUGCAGAGCACGCUCAAGGCGAAAGAAGCCGAGCUGCAGGUCCUGGAUCAGCUCCUGGGCGACGCAGAGCUGACCUCGGAGAAGUUCCAGACCUGGAAGGAAGAGCACCAGGAGGUCUACCAGGACAUCCAGGUGUGGGGGGCUCACAGGCUUGGCCAGGAUGAAGGCACUGCAGUCCAGCUCAGUGAUGAACCCAGCCCACAGGAAGCCGCUGCUGCACUAACCCCCUAACACGGACCCUGGGCAGAUCCGGGGUGAUGCCAGCCCCUUCAGGAACUGCCUGCAGACCUUGCCUUGCAUCCGGCGCACGAGGGAGGAAGCCGCUCUCCCUCUUGCUGGUGCUGCAUUCGUUGGCCUGGAGCACGGCACGGGCUUUCUGAGUCCUCCGCCCAGAGCAGGCAUCACCCUGGAGCCUGCCCCGCCAGUCUGGGGCCUCUGCGAGGGAUCCCCAGAAUCGCUCCCAGGUGCUGCGUUGGUUGAUAGAGGAUUUGCUUCUUCAAGGCCCCUGUGCAGUCACGGAAGGGACAUGGGGCGCUUGUGAUUCUGGAGCUCCAGGGAAAGGAGUGCCUACGAACGUGUCGGCGGGGUUGAACGGGGCUGCGCAGCCCUUGGGCUGGAGCACGGACCCAUCUUGGCUCCAGGGACUCUCUUCCCCUCACCGCUGCAGAAGCUUUGGGUGAACCAAGCCCUGGCGUGACAUCCCAGGGAGGAGGUGGAUGCACCCAAAAGCCCCGGCCGGGUCCUAUGGCCGAAUCCCACCUUUGCUGUCGCCGACGGCUGUAGACAGGUGUAUUUGUGUCCCAGCCCCACCACUGAUUUUUGUUUAUGCCCUUGGGCAAGUCCUUCAGUUGUGUUGUGCCUCAUUUUCCCCAGCUGCAAGCAGGGGAUGGGAUGGAGCGGCUUUGUGUCCGCUUGCCCAGGGCGCUCGGGGAGAACGGAGACUGCGGGAGCCACGUCCCCGUGAGCAUCACCUGGCUCUGCUCAAGCCCCAGCUGGUGCCGCUCCAGCCCUGCCAAUACACUGAAAUAAAAUCUCUGCCUGUUUUUACAUUUCUC